GAAGGACCUGAACAGCUCCAUGACAACCCCUGAGAUGGCCAGAGAGAUGGAGGAGCUGAGGAAGGACUGUGCGAGCUACACGGAGAAACUGGAGAGGAUUAAGUCUGCCACCAACCAUGUGACUCCGGAAGAAAAAGAGAGGGUCUGUAGCCAGCAGAAGCUGUACUGCAAGGAGUGGCGGAGGAGGAAGCGAAUGGCGACCGAGCUGCUGGAGGCCAUCCUGGAGGGGUACCCCAAAAGCAAGAAGCAAUUCUUCGAGGAGGUUGGGAUAGAGACGGACGAGGACCAUAAUGUCACGCUGCCAGCGGCUGUGUGAGGCGCUGAGGGAGUCUUUGCCCCAGGGAGAAGGAGCUGAUGCUGAAACUCAGCUGUUGGGGUUUUUUUUUUUCUCCUCUUUUUGCAGGGCUUGGGCUGGUCCUGCAUAUUUAUAUGCGUUUGUUUUAAAAUGCUUUGCAGCUGGAGGGGUGGUUGGAGCCAGUGACUUGGCACUGGGCCCUCUCAGUCUCACUUGCAGAGGGAAUGUUACUUCUUCCUGCCCUUCAGUGCAGUGAGCUGUUGAGGUCAGGUGUCCUCACGGGGCGGUGUAGGGGAAGGUGUCAGUACAGGUGCAUUUCAGCUGCUUCCCACAGCGUGACUCAGUGGUACACAAGGAUAUGAUCCAUUAAACACCAGGCUUUUGGUUCAGCUGUGCUUUGCUGUGGCGUUUUUCUCUGUUCAAAGGGUGUCAGGGCAGGGUUUGGGCACUGGGUCACAGCAGCCCUGAGGGGUGGGGAAGGCAAGAGCCAGGAGAGGGUAACCUGAGCCAGGACAGCUGAGCUGGGCCGGGCUUCCAGAAACUACCUGUCCAUCUCUGACCAGCUCUAGGGAAGACUCCAGAAACUCAGCAACAGAAAUAAAAGCAGAAAAACCAUUAAAACAUUCAGCAAAAUUUAUUUAAUUACUUUUCACAAUAGAAAAAUACAUCGCUUUCACAUGUGAGGUCUGUAAAACUCCACGUCCUCCCUAAGGCAGGAGGCAGCUUCUGGCAGAGCAUCUCCAGGGGUUCAGUCUGUGCCCCUUGUUCAGCCGCAGAGCCCUAACCCUAACCUGCUCACCCACGAGAAAGGAUUUUCUUCAUCCCGGAGCAAGAUUGUCCAGGCGAGACACAGCUGACCCUGUGCGUGCUUUAUCAGUGAUGUGCAUCACCGCAGGGUUUGACUCUGGGGCUUCCGUUGCAUUGAAAAGGGCACCCAAAGGCAGGGUUUGAAGAAUAAUUCUGUAUAAAAAUCUCACACACACACACA